AUGACUGAGAAAAAAAUUAAGGAAAAGGUCAAAAGGCGUGAGCGGAUCGUCGCUUCAGUAAAACGCCAUGCUUCAUUUCUGGGAAGUUUCAAUCCAGAUAGUCAAACGGGGGAAGUUCAGUCGAGGCUGGACAAAAUUGAGGCAAAAUUCGAGGAAUUCGAGGAAGUUCAGGAGGAGAUUGCUGAGAUGGAUGCGGAAGGAGCGUAUGAAGAGGACUGCAACAAAGCCUAUGAUGAUUUUGAGAAGCUGUACUAUCGUCUACGAGCAGCGUUGCUAGCGAAACUGCCACGAGAAGAUCCAGCUCCUGAUUUAAACAACUCAACUGCAAGGAAUGGCCAAGCUGUAGGGACGCACACUGGGGUGCGUCUACCACAAAUCUCGCUACCGGAGUUCGAUGGCGACUUCAAAGGAUGGCUGUCGUUUAAAUCUACAUACGUUUCGCUGAUCCACGAGUCCGGAGAACUUAGCGACGUCCAGAAGUUUCACUACCUCAAGUCGGCGCUCAAGGGGGAAGUGGCUAAGCUCAUCGAGUCGCUUACACUCACCAACGAAAACUAUCCCAUCGCUUGGGAUACGAUCACGAAGCGGUACUCCAAUGAGUAUCUUCUUAAGAAGAGGCAUCUGCAGGCGCUUAUGGAGUACCCAAGGGUAGAAAAGGAGUCGUCAUCUGCUAUUCAUGCUCUGGUUGAUGAAUUUGAUCAGCGUUUGAAGAUCCUGAAACAGUUAGGAGAGAAGACUGAACAUUGGGGUGCAAUGAUCGUGCACUGGAUGUGUUCGAAACUGGAUACGAAGACGCUUCAGCUAUGGGAGGACCAUGCAGCAUCAACAAACGAUCCGACUUAUACAAUUCUGGUGAACUUUCUGGAGAAGCGGACAAGGGUGUUGGAGGCGGUAUCAUCAAACGUCGAGGUGAAGGGCAGUUCGCAUAAGGUGGAAGUUAGGCGUCAAAAGGUGGUCGUUCAUUCCGCAACCGAUAGUGAUAGGAGUAGUUCAGCAUGCUGCUGUUGCGGUGAUUCACAUUUCUUGGGCCGGUGUGGCAAGUUUACGAAGAUGACCUUGAAGGAGAAAUUGCAGUUCGUUAACGGCAAAAGGUUGUGUAGCAAUUGCCUAAAGUCAGGGCAUUGGGUACGUGACUGCAAUUCAAAAUUCAGCUGUCGAGACUGCGGGAAAAAGCAUAAUUCACUGAUCCAUCCAGGAUUUCCUCUGAGCAGUAGCGGUGCCGGAAACAGCGAUCAAUCGGGAUGCAAAUCGGAGCGCAAGCGGAACGAUAAGGCGGUAGCGACGAACCUAGCGACCAACGAGGAUGAAUCUGAAGAAGAAGGAGACAGCGACGAUCAAGAAGCGGUUGGAACAUACAGCGUAGGGACUAAGGGCGGUAGAGUCUCGAGCGUAAUGCUGUCUACUGUUGUACUUGUCAUACGGGACCAGCACGGAGGAAAACAGUUGGCGCGAGCAUUGCUCGACAACGGAUCGCAAGCGAACAUCAUGAGCGAGCGGUUAUGUCAGAUGCUCAGCCUAAACCGGCGCAAAAUAAACUUACCGAUUAGCGGGAUCGGUCAUUCGGAAACGCGAGCGAGAUUCCAGGUGAAAACCACAGUUAGCUCCAGAGUUCAAGACUUCUCCGUGGGGAUGGAAUUUCUAGUUCUGCAGAAGGUUACGUCGGAAUUGCCAUCGGCACACAUACCUGUGGCGUACUGGAAGAUUCCUAAUGAUAUUCAGCUGGCUGAUCCGAACUUCAAUAUAAGCAAUCGGAUCGAUCUCUUGAUAGGAGCAGAGCACUUCUAUCGUUUCCUGUUCGAGAGAGAUAUGAAACAGAUCAAGUUGGGACCAGGGCUGCCAAUGCUGGUCAACUCAGUAUUCGGUUGGAUCGUCACGGGGAAGGUUUCGGAAGCUCCGAGUAAGGCAGUAAGCUGUUGCUUAGCGGCAACUCCGGAUAACUUGGAAGUACAGUUGCAGAAGUUUUGGGAGAUCGAGAGUAAUGAAGAACGAGCGGCUUGGUCAAAGGAGGAACAGGACAGCGAAGAUCAUUUCUUGAGAACAUUCAGCCGUACGGAGGAAGGUCGGUACGUCGUACGUCUACCUAAACACGUGAAUUUCGAGCAGAUGUUGGGCGACUCUCGCGCAAUGGCGCUAACGCGAUUCAAGAGAUUGGAAAAGCAACUGGAGAGGAAUCCGGAGAUGCGGUUGCAGUACAAUGCAUUCAUGCAAGAAUAUUUGGAUCUUGGGCAUAUGAGAGAAGUCAGUGGAGAUGAAAUUCAGAAGGAGGCAGCGGCAACGAGUGCGAAGAGGGUGUACUACUUGCCACACCAUGCAGUGCUUAAGGAAUCAAGCACCACUACAAAAGUACGCGUCGUCUUCGAUGGUUCGGCCAGCACGGACAGUGGUUAUUCCUUGAAUGAUGCGCUACUGAAAGGCCCUCUAAUUCAAGACGAACUCCUCAGCCUUCUUCUACGUUUCCGGAAGUAUGAAGUAGCACUUGUUGGCGACGUAGAGAAGAUGUACCGACAACCAGCUGUGACUGAAAAGCGUAGCAAGAAGAGCAAGAAUAAUCGGGACCAGUCCGACAGCACGGUUUGUCGCGCCGAUCUCACUGCGACGAACGGCAGUGAUGUUGGAGAUUUUGGUGACGCUGCCAAAACCGGAAAUGCUGCCGAAAUGCUGCCGAAAUGA